AUGAGACGGAUCCAGGGUCUGCCCACGACGGUGUCCCGACCCACCGAGGCAGAUCUCGCCAAUGCCGUAGGCGCACUGACGAACCCCAAAGAGACACCGCUCUGUAUCUGUACCAUUCCAGGCUGCUAUCGACCUUUCCCAGAUCUCACUAAGCUCAGAACGCACAGAAAGGUAGGCCACCAGCGGCCGGACAAGACGGACGGAGCCUUCUGGAGUGAGGUGCUUUGCUGGGCAGAGACGAAGCAGGCCGAGCUACGACGACUUGCAGCUCUUGAGCAACCGGCUCAACCUCACCGAACCCAGCAACCAGUGUAUCAACAGCCGAUGUAUCCUCAGCCAAUGGUCCAGGAGUCCAUGCAAUACGACCAGCAGGCAAUCUUCCAACAGCAGGCCUAUUUCAAUUCUAUGAUGAUGGGCGGCACCGCGCUCUCGCCUGAGCAGAUCCAAGCGCAACAGCAACUGCAAUUCAUGGCGAUGCAGAUGCAAAUGAUGAUGGGCACCAUGCCAGCUCAGCCGCACGGGUACCGGUAG